AUAAAAAGGGAGACUCGGCCGCCUCCCAACUCUGGCCCCCGCGUCGUGCUCUCUCGCGCCGUCCUCCCCGCCGUCAUUCUUCAAGGCAUCCUCUUCUCCCCUCCGAUCCCCUUCUAACUUGUAUACUCCGUUUCUCUCAGCCUCCCUCUCUUUCCCUUUCCUUGUCUAAGCCCUCUCCCUUUCUUCUUCCAAUUUCUUGGUUAUUUUAUGGCGUGUGCUCUACUGAAGGUGGACGUGGCUUGGAAGAGAACAAUGCAACAAUUGCUGAAGAAAAUGAGUAGAAUAAUUCUAGAAGAAAGAGAAGAAAAAGCGAGAAGCAAACUGAAGCAGACAGUACUGCAAAUGAAGUCGAGAGAAUUCAAAAGAGAAAAUCAAUGAAGAAAAGGGAAACUGAGAAAGAAUCUGAUGCAGACAGUGGUCCAAAUGAAGUUGAGGCAACCCAGACCAGAAAAACAAAGAAGUCAAGAACAAUUGAGAAAAAAACUGAUGCAAAUAAAGUUGAGGAAAACCAGAAUGGAGAAUCAAGAAGAAGGGAAAGGGUGAGAAGAAAAGCCGAAAAAAUGGAGUUGAUAAGUCCUAUACUGAUGCUGAAAACAGGCCAGAUGAACAAAAUGGCAGGUGUCUCUACAUUUGGACUAUUUUUUGGUCUCGAAAUUGCAAUUCUUACAGUAUUUGUUAUUGGGGUUGCUUUCUUGUGGAUCUAUACACAAAUUUUUGUAGCAAUUCCUGUCAUCUUGGGUGGAGUGAUUCUCGCCAGUUUGAAACAUGACCGCAUUGCAAUGCUCAUUUUGACCUUGUAUUCUGUCUACUGUGGAUGGACAUAUGUCGGAUGGCUUGGUUUAGUAUUCGGUUUAAACUUGUCCUUUAUUUCAAGUGAUGUUCUGGUAUUCUUCUUGAAGAACAAUUUAAAUGAACAAAGUUCUGACAGCUCUCCAGAACAAACAGCCGGAGUGUCUGCUGAUGUUGGUGGGGGAGGAGGAAUACCUUCCACAAGUGUGCCCAACUUGGAAAUGACAUCUGAAAGUGAGGUUGUUAGAUUGUUGAACUGUGCAGAUCACUACUCAGCUUUGGGUUUAUCCAGGUUUCAGGAUGUAGAUAUUUCGACACUCAAGCGGGAGUACAGAAAAAAGGCAAUGUUGGUUCAUCCAGAUAAAAAUAUGGGCAAUGAAAGGGCUGCAGAUGCUUUCAAGAAACUCCAAAAUGCGUAUGAAGUUUUGCUCGAUUCUUUCAAGCGAAAAACGUAUGAUGAUGAAUUGAGGAGUGAAGAACUGAUGAAUUACUUACAUAGCUUCCGAAAUACUCCUCAAAAGAAUCGAGGCCGCAAGUUUACACAUGCAGAAGGUGUUGGUGUAGAUAUUCAUGCAGAGUCUAAACGGAUUCCCUGCAAGUGCGGCAAGUUUCAUCUCUGGAUUUGCACUGACAGAGCAAAAAACAAAGCACGAUGGUGUCAGGAAUGUGAGGAGUUCCACCCGGCUAGAGAUGGAGAAGGAUGGGUUGGACAGACUUCACACCCACUCUUAUAUGGACUAUUGAUGAAGGUGGAGACUCCUUGUGCAUAUGUUUGUGUGGACCGCAAGAUUUAUGAUGCAAGUGAAUGGUAUAGCUGCCAGGGAAUGAGAUGUACGGCCAACAGUCACAAACCGAGUUUCCAUGUGAACCCAAGCGUGAUAUUAAAGAGUAGCAAUGAGAGAAGGAGCAGCAGCAGCAGCAGCUCGGCUCGGAUGCCGAACAUGGAAGAGGCUGCCACCAUGACUGAAGAGGAAUUCAUGGAGUGGGUGUGGAGCGCCGUGCAAGCCGGCCUGUUUAACACUGGCGGCAGCUCAUCAGAGGCGGCUCCUCCUCCUCCUCCUCUUCCGCCUCUGGCAGCAGCUGAGACUGGGAAGGGAAGUGGCGGUGCAGCGGGUGGGAGCAAGAAAAAGAAGAAAGGGAAAAGGCAAUGGUGAGUUUGCAAGCAGUCUCGGAGAAAGAAGCCCAGAGGAUAUUUUGACAUCUUCAUUCCCACAAAACAAUACUUUGACACACAAUAUGGGGCAAUGAGGUGCAAGAAGCAAUGUGUUUAUAGAGUGGAUUGCCCCUGUAAAUGUUUCUUUCUAGAUAAAGCUCUGCUUUUUACAGCUGCCGAAACUAUUUUUAUUUUAUUUACUCGUACUGUAUUUAUUUACUCUCUAUAUUUUACGGACUAAUAUUAUUGUGAA